CAAUGCCCGAGUACGAGAACACCGUGCAGGCCCCGGAGCUUGGGACCCAAAAUGUAGGCCUCAACCGCGAUCGCAGUCGUUGGCACACCUCCGCAACAAACUUCGACACCCAUCCCCAUCAUGUCGCCCUCUCCCGCUCCUCUCCGACCCGCGCUCGCUGGUGGCAGGCCAAGCGCCGGACGCACACCAAGAUUGGGCCUAGCUAUUCCUCCGUCUCCUAAUGUGAAGCCGGUGGGUGCUGCCGCGGCGCCCUCGCGUCCCCAACUCACCGUCCACGUUGCCACUCCGAUGGGCAGCACCGUGGCGCCGUACGAACAAACUCGACCAUCUAUUCAGGCGGGACAAUCAGCGAGCGGUGGCAGCGAAAGCAGUGCAGCGCACUCGAGGUCCGGCAGUUUUGGCCCUCUUGACGGCAGGGCAAGCAACCCCACAUCCGCAGGUUCCCAGUUCUCCGCCCUCUCGUUCGCUUCGCAGUACGGCAUCGGCUCGCGGCCGCAGGGCACGUCAGACCCCAUAUCCGCUGUUGGAUCCAUCUAUUCUGAAAGAAGCGAAGGCGGCAUCGGCAUGGAACGGGACGGCAGCACGCAGGGGCUUGAGGAUAGCUUUGAUAAGCUCACCCUAGAGAAAGCAAGGUCCGCCGACGUGGAGGAGCUCGACGACAACGGGUGGCGAAUUGCGAGCGCGGAAAACAGAAUCACCGAGCUGGGCAGUUUAGGCGAAGGCGCCGGAGGCGCUGUCACCCGCUGCCAGCUCAAAGGGGGGAAGACAGUAUUCGCUCUCAAGGUCAUCACGACAAACCCGGACCCGGAUGUCAAGAAACAGAUUUUUCGUGAGAUCAACUUUAAUAAGGAGUGCGCGUCAGAACACAUCUGUCGAUAUUACGGAGUCUUCGGCGACCCCGCCACGGCCACCAUUUCCAUCGCCAUGGAAUUCUGCGAAGGCGGAUCCCUCGACAGCAUCUACAAGGAGGUCAAGCGGCUCGGCGGUCGGACAGGCGAGAAGGUCCUCGGCAAGAUCGCCGAAGGCGUCCUACGAGGUUUGACGUACCUCCACAGCAAGAAGAUCAUUCAUCGAGACAUCAAGCCGUCGAACAUCUUACUUUGUCGUAACGGCGAAGUCAAGCUGUGCGACUUUGGUGUGUCUGGCGAUUUCGGAACUAAAGGCGAAGCCAACACGUUCAUCGGGACGAGCUACUACAUGGCACCUGAGCGCAUUACCGGUCAGAGUUACACCAUUACCUCGGACGUUUGGUCAUCCGGAGUGACCCUCCUCGAGGUGGCGCAGCACCGAUUUCCCUUCCCGGCUGACGGCACUGAGAUGCAACCCAAGGCGGGGCUGAUCGACCUGUUAACGUACAUCGUCCGGCAGCCAAUUCCCAAGCUCAAGGACGAGCCGGACGCUAACAUCUACUGGAGCGAUAGCUUCAAGUAUUUCAUCGAGUGCUGUCUCGAAAAAGAGCCGAGCCGACGGGCUAGUCCGUGGAGGAUGCUCGAACACCCGUGGAUGAUGGAGAUGAGAACGAAGCGAGUUAACAUGGAAAGGUAUCUUUCCCAGGUGUGGGGCUGGGACGAGAAGGAGACGAAAUGAACAUCGAAGGGACCUCCCAGGGCCUAGGCACGCCCCCUUCCCCAAAGCCCAACACGAAUAGCUAGACACCAGGUUGCGUACGGCCUGCCUACGAUACCCCCUCCUCUUGCUCACGUCGACCCCAGAGGCGGAUAAGCGAACGAGAGGAGACAAAAUUUUAUACCUAGAUCG